AUGCCAUUCGGGCUAAAAAAUGCUGGGGCCACAUACCAAAGAACGGUGAACAAGAUGUUCGCCCAUCAGAUCGGGAGGAACAUGGAAGUCUACGUGGACGACAUGAUCGUGAAAAGCCGAGAGGCCGGAACGCACCUUGCCGACCUGGCCGAGGUGUUCGCCACGCUGCGCAAGUUCGGCAUGCGGCUCAACCCCACGAAAUGUGCUUUCGGCGUCACCUCCGGGAAAUUCCUUGGGUUCAUCGUGCACGAGAGAGGAAUUGACGCCAACCCGGAAAAGGUUCAAGCAAUAGUCAGUAUGCAGUCCCCCGGGACGACCAAAGACCUACAGCGACUCAACGGGAGGCUUGUCGUCCUGUCUCGCUUCCUCGCUCGAUCGGGCGAUCGCUACCUCCCAUUCUUCAAGGCGCUCAAAAACCCGAAGAACUUCCAAUGGACACCGGAAUGCGAGGAGGCUUUCAAACAAAUAAAGCAGCACCUAGCCAGCCUCCCCCGGCUCGCCUCUGUCUCCCCCGGCGAGAAGCUGGGCCUCUACUUGGCGGCAUCCCCACAUGCAGUCAGCUCUGUCCAUGUCAAGGAAGGCCCCGGUCAACAACUCCCGAUCUACUACGUCAGCCACGUCCUGAGUGGACCUGAGGAGUGUUACCCGCCGGUAGAAAAACUCGCACUUGCCCUGGUGCUCUCGGCUCGGAAGUUGCGCCCCUACUUCCAGGCACACCCGGUGGAGGUCAUCACCGACCAACCUCUUCGGCAAGUCUUAACAAAAUUCGAUGUUGCAGGACGGCUCCUCAAAUGGGCAGUGGAGCUCGGUGAACACGAUAUCAGUUACGUGCCCAGGACCGCCAUCAAGGCCCAAGCGGUAGCCGACUUCAUCGCGGAGUUAACUCAGAUGGAGGACAGAGAUCUCGAGCAAACCCCUGAAGCCUGGACCCUACACGUGGACGGCUCGGCCAACUCGAGGGGUGCCGGCGCGGGGCUGGUUCUCCUCGCCCCUGACGGACGCUCGUUCGAGCGUUCCCUCCGCUUUGGGUUUAAAGCCACCAACAACGAGGCGGAAUACGAGGCGCUCCUAGCGGGAUUAAGGCUGGCCCUCGAGAUGCAGGUGGCCGCGAUACACGUCCUCACCGACUCGCAGCUUGUGGCCGAACAGCUCAGUGGUGGAUACGAAGCUCGGGACGCAACCAUGGCCAAAUACCUGGCACGGGUAAGGGACCUAACCGCGAAGUUCCCUUACUUUACGUUAUCUAAUGUUCCGAGGGAGGAAAACGAGCGAGCCGACGCGCUCGCUAAGCUGGCGUCAAGACCAACCCCCGAAGCAUGGCCGGAGAUUGAGGAGCUCCCUGCUCGCGCCAUCGAAGUAGCAACUACGGCCCCAGGCAAUGCGCCGAUCACGUGGGUACAAGAGCUGCUGCGCUUCAAGCUGGAUGGAACCCUUCCCCUCGACGAAGUCGCAGCUUGGCGCCUGCGUCGUACGCACGCGUGGUACACCAAGGAGAGUGGCCGGCUUUACAAACGGUCCUUCACCUAUCCCCUCCUGCGAUGCUUGGAGCCUGACGAAGCCCAAACGGUCCUAGCUGAAACUCACGAAGGGGUCUGCGGCGAACACAUCGGCGGGCGAACCUUAGCGCACAAAAUACUCCGCCAAGGCUACUACUGGUCGACCAUGUGCCGGGACGCGAAAGCUUACGUACAACGGUGCAGUUCGUGCCAGCUACAUGCCCGCACACCCCGACAGCCCGCGGUCCCACUCAGCCCCAUCGAUUGCGCAUGGCCAUUCGCGCAGUGGGGUUUGGACCUGCGUGGACCCUUCCCACCGGCUUCUGGGCAGCGGAAAUACAUAAUCGUAGGAGUUGACUACUUCACAAAGUGGGUCGAGGCCGAGCCGCUGGCGACGAUCACGGAACACCAAAUGGAGAAGUUCGUCUGGAAAAACCUAGUGACUCGGUUCGGGCUACCCAAGGUCAUUAUUACGGACAAUGGACCCCAGUUCGCCGGCAGGAGGUUCCGGGAGUUCUGUGCCGGCCAUGGCAUCCAACUGAGGUUCAGUUCGGUGGCCCAUCCUCAGACGAACGGACUGGCGGAGGCAACCAACCGAUCCAUCUUGGACGGACUUAGAAGAAGAGUAUCUGCGGCCCGAUCGGCCUGGACGGACGAGCUCCCCAGCGUACUGUGGUCGCUGCGCACCACCCCCAAGGUCGCUACCGGAGAGUCCCCGUAUAGCUUGACGUUCGGGACCGAGGCUGUCUUGCCGCCCGAGAUGGCUGUCACCACCCUACGGACAAGGAGCUAUGACGAGGAAGCCUCGAACGAAGGACUUCGCGCCAGCCUCGACGUACUCGAGGAGUGA